AUGGUAGCACUAGUCAUUGACAAUGGCUCUGGAAUGUGCAAAGCGGGCUUUGCUGGGGAUAAUGCCCCCAAGCCUGUGUUCCCUUCCAUCAUUGGGAGACCUCAAUGUCAAAGCGUCAUAUCUGCAAUGGGCCAGAAGGACUCCUAUGUGGGCAAGGAUGCCCAAAGCAAGAGGGGUCUCCUGGCUCUGAAGUACCCUAUUGAGCAAGGUAUUAUUAUCACCUGGGAUGACAUGGAGGAGAUCUGGCAUCACACCUUCUACAACGAGCUGCGUGUGGCUCCCAAGGAAAACCCAGUGCUUAUUACAGAGCACCCCAUGAACCCCAAAGCUAACAGAGAGAUGAUGGUGCAAAUAAUGUUUGAAACCUUCAACACUCCAGCCACGAAUGUGGCCAUUCAGGUGGCGCUGGCUCUGUAUGCCUUGGGGCGCAUAACAGUAAUUGGCUUGGACUCUGGUGAUGGGGUCACACAUACAGUGCCCAUGUGUGAAGGCUGCUCCCGUCCCCAUGCCAUCUUGAGUCUGAACCUGGCUGGCAGGGAACUUACAGAUUACCUCAUGAUGAUCCUGACUGAGCGGGGGCUACGGUAUUUCCUGGGCAUCAAGUCUUUGGGCAUUCACAAUACCAACUUCAGUUCCAUCUUGAAGUAUGAUAUGGAUAUCCGCAAAAGCUUGUAUGGCAACAUUGCGUUGUCUGGUGGUACCACCAUGUGUUCAAGCAUGAAUGACAGGAUGCUGAAGAAGCUCACAGCCCUAGCACCCAGCACAAUAGAAGUCAAGAGCAUUGCUCGCAAUGAUCGCAAAUUCUGA